AUGGCAGCGUUUGUAUUGGCAGUUUUCAUUGUGGUUCUCGCUGUGGAAGACUCUGUUCAAUGGAGCGGCAAUAUAUGUCCCUACACGAAGGUCAUCUACAAAUCAAGCUAUAUCUGCAUUUCUUCUUGUUGGUGGACUUGCUGUGCUCACGCACUUAUACACGUGCCCCUUUAUACUACAGCUUACAAGUGUUGUCCCGGGUGGGCUGAAAAUGGAGAUGGAAAUUGCAAUAUCGCACUGUGUUACCCCCCGUGUGCUAAUGGUGGAACAUGCUCGUCCCCAGGAAGAUGUAGUUGCAAGGAUGGAUAUACUGGAGCGACAUGCACUGGACAUGACUGUAAUACGGAGCGACCAUGCUACCCAGGGGACUGUCAAGAGAAUGGUGCCAGCGUUGUUUGCAACUGUAUGGAUGACUUCGAUGGGGAGUUUUGCAUACAUCUCAAGAAGACACAAGUGCCAGAGGUGACGCAGAUACAGGCACAGUUUUCAUACAUUGAGGAUGGCAAGCACAUCUAUAGUCUCAUAGCAGACGGUACAGAGCAAGCUGAACAAGUCAUUGUAUGGACAAAUCAAGAGCGACUCAACAACAUCAACGUAACGGCCAGUGCUAUAUUUAAAGGCAGAGCUCUGCCACAUCCCCCAUUUUAUAUCAUCGAAGCCAAGACUGGAAUUGCCAGAGCAUUUGUCAAGAUGAACCUUGUAAAUGUGGAAGUGUGA